UACUUGCAGCAAUCAGUGAAAAAAAAAAGUUUCGCAUCUCUCAGUAGUUGCAGUUGCAAGUCCGGCAAAAAGACUGAGACCUGAAAUUCCUCGUUGCAGGAGCGGUGUGAUGCUGAAGGUUUUGGUCGUCUUGGUGACCUGCCUCGUCGCCUCCACCGCCGCCCUGAAGCACUCGUGGCAGACUCCAGGCUGUCACAAAGUCGGCCACACCCGCCGGAUCAGCAUCCCCGAGUGCGUGGAGUUCGACAUCACCACCAACGCGUGCCGAGGGUUCUGUGAGUCGUGGUCGGUGCCCUCGGCCUGGCAGACGCUCCUCUAUAACCCCCACCAGAUCGUAACGUCUAUAGGCCAGUGCUGCAACAUCAUGGACACCGAAGAUGUGAGGCUCUGCUCUUUUGCUUUGUCACUGCUUGAUGGAGUGCAGCUGCAGUGGAUGAGCGACAAACGGACACUCAAGUUCAACAUGACAGUCAUAAUAGCUAGAUAUAAUGUUUCUAAGAUGAAACAAAAUCUUGGAAUUGUUAUGGUGAAAAUACUUGAAGUUUCCUGA